CCCUGGGCGAGCUGACACUGCACUACGAACAUCUGAUCAACAGACACUGCAGAUGAUAAACAAGUAUCCAGACAUAUUACUUUGCACAUACCAAAGUGAAUAUUCGUCAGCCGAGGCUCUAACACCCCUGCAGUCCCUAUGCUACACACGGCAUGGCAGAGAGACAGGACAAUGAGGUGGAGGAGGCUGAUCAGAUCUAUCUGCUGAUGAAGGAGGAGUAUCGGAUCUCUAGGAAUGUGCGUCUGGCCUGGUUCCUGGGGAAACUUAACCAAGUCAUCUGGCCAGCCUCAAAGCCUGAGCUGCAGAACUCAGGGAAUGAGUUACACUUGCUGAGCUGCUUACCUAAAGGAUGGCAGCCAGAUUUCCCCCACCACAUACACUUGUAUGCUGAUGCCGUCCACUCGGGCCGCCUUCCUUGCCCGGAGUACCGCUUCAUCAUUGAGCUGGACCUCAGCCCUUCCACAGGGAUUGUGGAUGACAGCACAGGAGAGAUGAUCUUCGACGAGGUCUUUCAUGCCUUGUCGAGGUGUCUGGCCGGUCUGGCUCAGCCAUUUAAAGUCCCUGGAACUGAUGACCUUUUCAAGCCUAAAGUCUUCAUCACCAUCUUGGCAUAUUCUUCAAUUAUUGGUCUCACUUCCCAUCAGGUUUUGGUACAGGGCUGUCAGCUUGAUAAAACAGACCUCACUGAGUUCCUGCAUCACAUCUAUCAGCAGCUGAGAGCAGUGGAGAGCAACAUCGCACAAGUCCUCCAUCAGCAGCACGAACAGGCUGUGGAGCCAGUCCAAAAUUCAGGCCUCCUGGAUGACCAGCCUCACAGGAAGCAGGCUAUUUCCAUGGUGUCAGCUGAUAUGGGUCUGGUCAGCAUGGUACGCCAGGGCAUCCUGGCCCUUCAGCUGCUUCCCCCAAACUCCAGUGCAGGUAUCAUUAUAAUCACAGACGGAGUGACUAGUGUUCCGGAUGUAGCUGUGUGUGAAACACUGCUGAACCAGCUCAGGAGUGGAACCAUUGCCUGCUCCUUUGUGCAGGUUGGUGGUGCGUACUCCUACGACUGCAGCUUUGGCUACAUCCCCAAUGUAGAGCUGAUGAAGUUCAUCUCAUUAGCUACAUUUGGUUCAUACCUGCCCAGCUGUCCUGAAGUGGACGUGAACAACCAGGAGAUGAAUGUGUACCACAAGGCCUUCUUAACCUACUCCUUCCUUAAGACCCCGGAGUCUAUGAACUCAGAGUACUUCUGUGUUUCCCAGCACAAACUGUUCAAUGAGCACCUGGUGUCAGCCAGCGGUAACCCCGCCCUGGUCAUGAGGAGGAAGAAGCACACAGAGAAGGAAGUCCAUGCCCAUUUAAUCAGCGUGGUGUCUGUGCGACUGAGAGAGGGCUACACAAUCAGAGAGAUCAGCCUCACUAAAGGUGGGACUCAGCUGGAGGUGAAGCUGGUGCUUUUAUGGAAACACAACAUGCAUAUCGAGUACCUGGCAGCCGCCUCCUGGCCUUUGGACCCCACCAAGAGAACCACCAGGGUGGAGGUGACCAUGGAAGGAAGCUAUGACAUCCUGCAUGACAUUAGCUGCACCCAGAGGAAACCCAUCACCAGUCCGUACCGUACCUCCGUCAUCCGACGCUUCUGGAACACACUACAGAGCAUCAACCAGACUGAUCAGAUGUUGGUGCACCUCCAGUCAUUUAAUUCCAUUCCUGAGAACUACAUGAUUCCUGAGAGCACCAAAAACGGAGUUCCUCUGUUCUACAUCCCUCCGGCUCCACUACUCCGGUCCUGUCGUUGCAGCACAGUGGAUCCAAAGACUCUUCUCAGUCCCAGUUUGCCUCCUACUGGAAGCCCAUCCUCUCCAUGGACACCAACUUCUGGCAGAGAUGGCUGCACAUGCAUCGCAUUGCAAUCGUGCUUGAACAUGACAUGCCUGUCCCCAAACACCUGCACACAGCUGGGAACAACGGACGUUAUAGCACCAUUCAGUGUCGUAUCUCCCACUCCGCUCUCACAUCGCUGCUGAGGGACUGGAGCAGCUUCGUGCUGGUGGAGGGCUACUCGUAUGUUAAACUCAUAUACAGUUCGUCUGACCAGCCUCCUACCUCCUUCUACUUGGUCCGUCUCAUCUCCAAGACGCCCUGCAUGGUGCUGCGCUUGGGCUUCCCUAUUGGUACACCAGCCCAUGUCAGAAACAAG